UCCACACUUUUAAUUGUAUUACAAUAUUCAAUCUUUAUAGAGUAUUUACUAUUCGAUCCAACACUGAUGCAACUUAAUGGACUAUUAUAAGGUCACGAAUAAUAGUAAUAUAAUUAUCUUACUUGAUUUACUGAUUGUAUUUUGUCGACAAAAUUCACUAGUGAAUCAGUGUUCAGUGUAAACAAGUUAUGCGUCGGAUUGUGACCGUAUUACUAAUUAUAAUAAUGCUGUUGAAUAAUAUACCAAGAGGCACCAGCCGUAGAGCUUUUAAUACGUUACAUUUUCGUAAGGUUUCAACCGACUUUGGACGCAAAUAUGCCUCGAAUUAUGCAGCGCGUAUUAGCGAAGAUAACAAGGCAAUAAACAUGACACUCGAUUUGGUGAGAGAUCUAACUGUAGAUCUCUGGCUUAAAGUGAAUAUCACACAGCGAGAGACAAAGAAUCGUUACAAAAAUAUCUUUGCAUACAAUAUGAACUUGUGCCAACUGAUUGGCAAAGCUAAAGGCAUAAAUGUGUUUACAAUUUGGUUGCAGAACAUUUAUAGAUACACCAACAUGCCCAUGAGUUGUCCCAUUGAAGAGGGUCAAUAUUACUGGAGGGAUCUGAGACCAGAUAAGGAUAGCAUACCGGCUUUCAUUCUCACAGGACACUUUCGGAUUGAUGCGUUGUUCUACAUGAAGGAUUGGGACAACGAUAUGCUGACCAAUACCACAAUGUUUGUGUAUAUUAAAAUGAAGUAAAUGCUGAUAAAUGUUCAAUUUGUCGCACAUUAGAUAUUGAAUGAUUCAGAGAGCCCACAAAUCUAUCUAUUUGAUCGCCAACACAAUUUUUCACUUCCAAUUGAGAAAACCGUGGCACGUGCACUUCACAUAAAUAAAUUAAUGAGCUUCAA